UCCGCCCGCAUCUAACUUUUGUCUUCUCGGACUUGUCGUGGCGUCUUUGUCUCCCACCAAAAACUGAAAAGUUAGUUGACUAAACCGGCGGCUUCUGAAAACAUGGGUGUGGCGGCGAAAAUAGCCCCGUCGAUGCUGUCGUCGGACUUCGCCAAUUUGGCAUCGGAGGCCGAGCGCAUGCUCAAAUGCGGCGCCGAUUGGCUCCACAUGGACAUCAUGGAUGGGCACUUUGUCCCGAAUUUAACACUCGGUGCUCCGGUCAUUCAGAGCUUGAGAAAGCACACAAAGGCGUAUCUUGAUUGUCACCUUAUGGUCACAAAUCCUCUUGAUUAUGUCGAACCUAUGGGAAAAGCCGGUGCUUCAGGUUUUACAUUUCAUGUUGAAGUAUCUAAAGACAAUUGGCAAGAACUUGUUCAAAGAAUUAAGUCCAAAGGCAUGACGCCAGGUGUGGCAUUAAAGCCCGGAACGCCAAUUGAAGAAGUUUAUCCUCUGAUAGAAGGUGAAAAUCAUGUUGAAAUGGUUCUUGUUAUGACGGUAGAACCUGGGUUCGGGGGACAAAAAUUCAUGCCAGAAAUGAUGGAGAAGGUGCGCACACUAAGACAAAGGUACCCUUCGCUAGAUAUAGAGGUAGAUGGUGGCUUAGGACCUUCAACGAUUGACGUGGCAGCUUCAGCCGGAGCCAACUGCAUAGUUGCAGGCAGUUCCGUGUUUGGAGCCCCUGAGCCUGCGACAGUAAUAUCCCUUUUGCGAAGUAGCGUUGAGGGAAUUCAACAGAAAAGUUGAUACUGGUAUGGGCAAGCAGACAUCAUAAUUUGUUUUUAUUUUAUCAACAUACAUUUACAGUGUGUACCUCUAUGAUCGAAUUGACAUAGUUUUAAAAAUGUGAUGAGUCUGCGGAUGCUUUUUACAUCUUACAUUUCUUAUGUCGUACUUGAAUAUCAUGACAUCCCUCGGCUGGCAAUUCCUUGAUACAUUGCAUACAUUUAUGUCGAUCUUUUUUAUU